CACGUUUUAAUAUCGAAAGAACAUGUCAUAACAUGCUAGGUAACAAAUACGUCAAGUUAUCACGUUUGGUUUAAAAAAAAUGGUCCAAACCGCGUGAGUGAACGUGAUCACUUUAUUUUUAAUUUUUACAAGUGACAUAGAUACUCUGGGUUAGUCUGAGUGGAUGUAUAUCAUUUCGUCAAGGCUCCGGUAUUUCCACGACACUCUCCUUCCACACUGAGUCAAAACCUACAGUCACUGGGUCCUGAUUGUGACAGUGGAGCCCAUUUUGAACUGCAUGAUCAAGAGAUAGCAUCAGUGAAGCUGGAAGACUGCAGUCAAACACUGGAACUGAAUGCCAAAAUUAAAACAGAAAAUCUGUUUCUCAUGCUACCUGAUCCAUUGAAAUGAGAUCAGUGCUUGACUUGGACAGGAGCUCACUGGAGCUGAGAACCGGCACUUCAAAUGUCUACUGUUUGAGCUCAUGUUCCUGUCAAGGCUUUGGGUAACUGGGGAAAAGGAGUCAGGCGCAGGAGAGUUGAGAUGCGUGGACAAGGACUAGAAUUAAGUCUGAGGCCGGUAACAUCAACAGUAACGACAAACCCAGCCUGCCUCUCUCCUUCCACACUGAGUCCAAACCCACAGUCACUGGGUCCUGAUUGUGACAGUGGGGCCCAGUUUGCACUGCAGGAUCCAGAGAUGGCAUCUGUGAAGCUGGAAGACUGCAGUCGAACACUGGAGCUGAAUGUCAACAUUAAAGAUGAAGAAGAGGAGGAGAAGAUUGGGAAAUCUGUUAAUCAUGGAGACCAUGUUGAGACAUUUUCUACAUCCAGAGAGCAUCAGCAGGAAGAUCACAGAGCAAAGAGGUCUCACCACUGCCCACAUUGUGAGGAGAUUUUCCCAUUUCUAUCAAAGCUAAAAAUACACCUAAAAAUACACACAGGAGAAAAGCUUUACUCCUGCUCUGAAUGUGGAAAAUGCUUCAAAACAUCAACUGCGCUAAAAGUUCAUCUUGGAACACACAGAGGAGAGAAGCCUUACUCCUGCUCUGACUGCGGGGCGAGUUUCUCUCGCCGGAACACCUUAAAUCGUCAUGAACAUAUACACACAGGAGAGAAGCCUUACUCCUGCUCUGACUGUGGGGUGAGUUUCUCUCGACUGGGCACCUUAAAAAAACAUGAACGUACACACAAAGGAGGGAAGCCUUACUCCUGCUCUGACUGUGGAAAGAGUUUCUCUCAACUGGGUACCUUAAAACAACAUGGACGUACACACAAAGGAGAGAAGCCUUACUCCUGCUCUGACUGUGGAAAGAGUUUCUCUCGACCAAGCCACCUAAAACAACAUGAACGUAUACACACAGGAGAAAAGCUUUACUCCUGCUCUGAAUGUGGAAAAUGCUUCAAAACAUCAACUGACCUAAAAGCUCAUCAGAGAACACACACAGGAGAGAAGCCUUACUCCUGCUCUGACUGCGGGGCGAGUUUCUCUCAUCGGAACACCUUAAAACGUCAUGAACAUAUACACACAGGAGAGAAGCCUUACUCCUGCUCUGACUGUGGAAGGAGUUUCUCUCAACUGUGCCACCUAAAAAUACAUGAACGUUUACACACAGGAGAGAAGCCUUACUUCUGCUCUGACUGUGGAAAGAGUUUCUCUCAACGGGGCACCUUAAAGCACCAUGAACGUAUACACAAAGGAGAGAAGCCUUACUCCUGCUCUGACUGUGGGGCGAGUUUCUCUCGACUGGGCACCUUAAAAAAACAUGAACGAAUGCACACAGGAGAGAAGCCUUACUUCUGCUCUGACUGUGGAAAGAGUUUCUCUCAACUGGGUACCUUAAAACAACAUGAACGUAUACACACAGGAGAGAAGCCUUACUCCUGCUCUGACUGUGGUAAGAGUUUUUCUCGACCGUGCACCUUACAAAAACAUAAACGUAUACACACAGGAGAGAAGCCUUACUCCUGCUAUGACUGUGGGGCGAGUUUCUCUCGUCCGGACACCUUAAAACAGCAUGAUUGUAUACACACAGGAGAGAAGCCGUACUCCUGCUCUGACUGUGUAAAAUGCUUCAAAACAUCAACUGAGCUAAAAGUUCAUCAGAGAACACACACAGGAGAGAAGCCUUACUUCUGCUCUGACUGUGGAAAGAGUUUCUCUCAACUGGGUACCUUAAAACAACAUGAACGUAUACACAAAAGAGAGAAGCCUUACUCCUUUUCUGACUGUGGAAAGAGUUUCUCUCGUCCAGACACCUUAAAAUGAUCUGAACAUAUACACACACUGGAGAGAAGACGUUUUUCUUGAGAGUUUCUCAAGAGUUUCUCUUGAGUGUGCCAUUUAAAAAGACACCAAGGGAAACACAAGAGAGGAGCCUUACCACUGAUCUGACUGUAGAAAAUGUUAAAACACCAGCUGAGCUUAAAGGUCAUUAGAGAAAAGACAAAGGAGAGAAGCCUUACUUCUGCUCUCAAUGUGGCAAGAGUUUUUCCCAAUUGGGCAAUGUAGAAACACACCAACGGAAACACACUUGAGAGUGCAGUGAUAAGGCUUCUGACUGUGGUAAGAGAUUCUACAGAUUGGGCCAUUUAAAAAGACAUCAAUGUAUACAUAAAGGAGAGAAGCCUCAUCAGUUCUCUCAGACCAGCUAAGAUUAGACACUCCACUUAAUUCUCAUGUCAUUAAAUAAUUGGCAACGAUGAAUUGGAUCAAAUGAAGAAAGUGUAGAACACUAUUGUAAUCCUAUAGUUUCUCACUGUGAGAGAACUGUGCAGAGGAAAGGGAGCAUUACAGAAUGUUAGCCUUUAUUUACUGAUCAGUGUGCACCUUGUCAGUUUUGGUGUGAGAGAGAAUAAAGUAGACGGCACACGUCAAACGUUUGAUUUAUGACCCUAUGUCCGGAUGACGUGUGCAUGCCCAUAUUUGGGCAUCCGGUCAGGACAUCCUGGCAGGAAGUGAUCGCGUGGUUAUGCCCAUAUAUGGGCAUCCUGUUCCUGUUCUCACGCCUUAGUGAGUGCGACAAUAUUUAUAUAAUGCCUUCAAAGUUUGUCAUGAUGAUUGAUGUCUAGGGACCUCUUUGAACUGGGGGGGAUGAACAUUUAAAAUAGUUUGACCCCCCCCACCCCCUGUUUUAUUGACCUUAGGGUUGUUGUCUAUGAAACACGAAUGUCCUGGGGUAUUGGGGUUGGCAGACGCCUUAUAAAUAAAGCCCAGAACAAGAUAUGCGGCCCCAGAACACUAAACAAGAUUUUAAAAAUCAGCGUGGAUUUAGUGAUCAGUGGCAAAGCAGUGAUGACUGUAACAACGGAAGCAGGACCUCGGUUGAAACAUAGAGAAAGGGCCAAGUAUCAAGCCGGUUUCUAAGUGUGUAUAGAACCCAAAUACUGCCCGCAACUGCUCUGAAAGAUCAAGUGCUGAUGUCUAAUGGACAUCAAUGAGGGUAUCGGUUUGAUUACCUGGCCUGUAUAGUGAACCUCUAUACGGUAGGAGAAGAAUAUACAGAUCAGACUUUAGGAGUGGACUACAGGCUUGAAGACUGGAUGGUUUUUCGCAAGGUUGUGUGUCCCGAACUGAGCCUUAUCACCAAGGGUUAUAGCUUGUUCACGGGCUACGAGACCCGUUGGGAAGGUGCCCCUGACUCCUCAGGAAGAAUAUUUCACAGGGUGAAAAUACAAAGAAAGAACGGACUUCCAUGUGGCUACGUGGAGUUCUAUAUCAGCAACGAGGAAACCCGCAACCAAAACAUUCGUGAUGGUGGCCUGACUGGGGAUUUUAGGUUGCGCAUGCUUAUUCUUUUUAAAAUUUGGGAUCUAAUGGAAUUGAAAAUGUUACAGCUGUUGGACGCUCUCUUUGUACAGAGCCAACAGCGGCAGAGCAUUGUUCAUGUAAAGAAGUGCAUAAUAUAUACGAAUCCUG